AUGGGUAGAACUGCGAAACUUCGAUUCAGCUCACGACGAUGCAGCUGUCGCCUCUUUGUGGACUCGAUGACUCAUCUCCUCCCACCAACAUGCUCCCUUCCACCCCGACUUGGAUGCUCCCAAGGCAAGACGGAGUGGUUGGCUGAAGGUGGGGAGUUGAAGCCGCAUCUACGCUGGUCUAGGAAGGCGAAAGAGGAGGCAGAGGCGUUGAUUGAAAUGAAGAAACGCGAGACGGGUGUUGAGGAGGAUCCGAAGCAAAGGCACAUUGUCCAUUCGGCUGUCUGCACUGCCAUCGUAAUUACUAUCUCCACUUGGUCCUUCCUUGCUCAAGAAGUCACGCCACGGACGAGGAGGGAGUGUGGUUGUCGUAAUCAGCGAGUUGGGAGGGUGGCGCGAAGGCAAUGUCUACCACGCAGUCCACAGGAGCAGGAUUUGGUCUAG